CCUUAAUGAUUGGUGGACUCCAGAAACCGAAAACGAAUACUAUGAGAAAGCUGCUUGCAUUAUUCAGCAGUACGAAAAUUAUACAGCAAAAAAUGUCAGCGUUGAAUUCGAUGGCAUCCAACCACUACUCAAAAACAUUGCAGACAACGCAGGCGUAAAAAUGUCCUACCUAGCCUAUCAAGAUUGGAUGAAACGUCACGGCCCUGAACCCAAUUUACCUGAAUCACAAUAUUCCCAAGCACAGCUUUUUUGGAUUCAAGCAGCUAUCACACAAUGUGCCAAACACAACCCACAGAAUGAAUUUUCCGAUGAAGUCGAUUCCCCAUUGAAAUUCAGAGUCACGAGUGUAUUUGCUAACAGGCCAGAAUUUUCAAGAGACUUUAACUGCCCAUUGGGUUCAAAUAUGAAUCCAGUUAAGAAGUGCUCUGUAUGGUAAAACCACAAGAAAGCAGUAACAUAUGAAUAUCCUAUUAUCGAAAUUAAGUCCACUGUACUAUGCACGGGUUUUACUGCGAUUUUCCUUGUGUACUAUAAAUAAGAAAAUAUUUUAGGUGAAUACUAGUACAGAUACAUAUUAA